AUGGCAGCAGAAAUACCUUUCGUCAAGCUCAAUGAUGGUACCACAAUACCAAGUUUGGGAUAUGGAUUUGGUACCGCAUGGUAUAAACGAGGUGACCACGAAAUUAUCGAUCGGAGUCUUGUCGAAGCCGCCAAGUCUGCCAUCAAGUUAGGAUAUUAUCAUCUUGAUGGAGCCGAGGUCUAUGGAACGGAACGAGAGUUGGGAGCUGCUAUCAAAGAGAGCGGCGUAUCCAGAGACAAAUUGUUUGUGACCACGAAGGUCAUGAAUAAUAUUGCCAACAUUCCAAAAGCAAUUGACGAAAGUCUUGAAAAGUUACAGCUGGAUUAUGUUGACCUCUACCUGAUCCACGCUCCUUUCUUUGCAAAUUCCGAUGAAGACCUUCAGAAAGCAUGGGCAGAUAUGGAAAAGGUCAAGGAGGCAGGCAAAGCCCGGUCGAUCGGCGUAUCAAACUGGCUGCCGCAACACUUCGAGGCGAUCUCCCAAACCGCAAAGAUCGUCCCUUCCAUCAACCAGAUUGAGUAUCACCCUUAUCUGCAGCAUGGCCCGCUGUUGGCGUACCAGCAAUCGAAAGGCAUUGCCGCUGCCGCGUAUUCCCCUCUAACACCGGCAACCAGGGCCAAAGGAGGGCCCGUGGAUGGUGUUCUGGAGAGACUUGCUAAAAAGUACGACACCACGGAGGGAAAUAUUUUGCUUCGAUGGGGCAUUGAUCAGGGCGUGGUUGUUCUUACAACCAGCUCGAAAGAAUCACGGAUGGCCGAGUAUCUACAGAUCCUAAAGUUCAAACUGACGGCGGAGGAGGUCAAUGAGAUUAAGACACUAGGCGAUGAGAAACAUUACCGGGUGUUUUGGAAUGAGAAAUUCGCUGCAGAUGAUCGGUCUUAA